UGGAACGUCGAAACCAUCGUGAGCCUCCUCCCUUGCCUCUUGCAGAUCGCACUCGUUCUCUUCCUCGUGGGCAUCAUCGGAUAUCUCCUGGAGAUCGGGACCGACAUCGCUGUUCCGAGCGCGGUCUUUGUCGGCAUACUGCUUCUCUUCCUCGUCGCCACCUCCUUUCUUCCAGCGCUCAUUGAAUACAGCCCGUACAAGUCACUUCAAGCG